AUGGCCAACGAUGGUGGAGGCUCCCCCCAUGAUCUGGUUGUGCAGACAUGGACCAUGUACUCGAUCGCCAUGGUGCUCGUGUUGCUGAGGACAUUUACCCGGUUCCAGCGGUUUGGCUUGCGGUGGCAGCUGGAGGACUAUAUGAUGCUGGCUGCAGUGGCCUUUUAUACAGCCUUUGCAGUCACCAACAUCGCCAUCAUCGAGGGCGGCGGGAGCACGCUGUACACGGCGGCCGAAUAUGCGACCUUUACAGCAGCAGAUAUCCGCGAACGCAUCAAGGGGUCGAAGAUUGAAUUUGCAUCGGAGAAUUGCAUGCUGUGUACCAUGUACACGCUGAAGGCGUCCAUGCUGAUUCUCUACUACCGUCUUACCUCCAAUCUCAAUCAGCAGCGGCUGGUGCUCGCAUGCGCCGGAUACACCUUCUGCGGCUGGCUGGUGACGGAGCUGGUGCUCUUCCUGAACUGCCACCCGUUCACAGGCUACUUCACCAUCCCGCCGCCGCAGCAGGAGUGCGCGACCUACUUCCGGUAUGAAGUGACGCAGUGCGUGUUCAACAUCUCCUCCGAUCUGGCCAUCCUCGCCGUCAUCCUGCCUCUGCUGCUGCGCACGCGCAUGCCCUGGCGGACCAAGCUGCCUGUCAUCUUGAUUUUUUCCUUGGGUAUUUUUGUCAUUGCCUGCGCUGCCGUGUCGAAAUACUUCACCUUCCAUGAUAUCUACGACUACAGCUACCAGUUCUGGUACCUCCGCGAAUCGUCGAUCGGCAUGUACAUCGCCAACCUGCCCUUUGUGUGGACGCUGGUGCGCCAGGCUGUCUCGCAGCUGCAGUCGACGCGCACGGGAGGCGCCAGCGAGGCGAACCGCUUCUCGGCGGCUCCCUCCAAGGCCAACACUGCGGCGCAUUACUGGGGGGACGUGGGCAGCGAGGAGCACCUGCGUAUGGACGAUCUGCAGAUUCGCAGGACGACCGAGGUGGUUAUUGAGGCUAGUUCAACUAUAUAA